UCAGAAUCAUUCAUUUGAUAUCACGGAAAUGUUAAUCUAAAUUACCAUCAUGUCAUAUUUUCGACCUAUUUCAAACUUUAAAAAAAUUAAUGGACAUGCAGUCUACAAGAAAAUAAUAAGAAAACUCUGUGAUGCGGGAGCAGACAAAUGUCCGACAUUAAAAACACCAGAAAAGAAAGGAAUUAUAUUAGGAGUUUAUGAAGGAUGUAAUCGGGACCCUGUACUUUCACCAGCUUGCAGUAAAUUCAAUGAUAAAUUAAAUGGAAAACUAGGAGACUUAAUCGCUGUACAUGGCAGUCUAUUUGAACGGGGACAAUGUCGUGUAUUCAAUAAUUUGGCCAACGAGUUCUGGGGAGUGGCAGUCGUUGGACUUGGACCAAAGACUUUGGGUUACAACGAUGUUGAAGCGAUAGACGAAGCAAGAGAAGCAGUAAGAGCUGGAGCAGCAAUGGGUGCCAGAAAACUACAAGAACAAGGCAUUGGACACAUUUUAGUUGAAGGAUUCGGUGCGCCUGAACAUGCUGCCGAAGGUAGUGCUCUAGCUGUAUGGAAAUACCAAGAAAAUAAAGCACGUCAAAAAUGGAUAAUUGUACCAACUUUGGAAUUACACGACGAUACUGAUCAUGAUGCAUGGCAACGUGGACUCUUCAAAGCUGAGGCACAAAAUCUUGCACGUCGGCUCAGUGAUACACCAGCUAACCAAAUGACACCUACAGCAUUUGCACAACAAGCGGUCAAUGUGUUAUGUCCGUGUGGUAUUAAGGUCGAAGUUCAUGACAAGGACUGGAUUGAAUCUAAAAAAUUGAAUGCCCUCUUAACAGCAGCAAGAGGUUCAUGUGAGCCUCCAGUAUUCAUUGAAAUGACAUAUUGUGGAGGACCUUCUGAUCAAAAACCAAUUUGUUUAGUUGGUAAAGGUGUUACGUUUGACUCUGGUGGUAUCUGUAUCAAAACUGCUGAAGAUCUUAAAAAAUACAGGGCCGAUAUGACUGGCGCUGCAACUGUUGUUGCUGUUAUACGAGCAGCUUCAGCUCUUAGUUUACCUCUAAACAUAAUUGGAAUUGCACCAAUGGCUGAGAACAUGCCCAGCGGUAUGGCUGUGAAACCUGGAGACAUUGUAUUUGCUGCAAAUGGUAAAUCCAUUGCAGUGGAACAUACCGACCAUGAAGGACAAUUAAUUUUAGCUGAUACUCUAGUAUAUACUCAAUUAUACCACAAACCAAGAAUGAUAAUUGAUAUCGCGUCAAUUUCAACUGGUAUUCGUGAUUGCUUUGGAACAUGUGCUGCAGGCGUAUUCUCAAACAAUGAACAAAUUUGGCAACAAUUGAGUAAGGCUAGUGUAAUCACUGGAGAUCGUGUAUGGCGUUUACCUUUAUGGGAAUACUUCAGACAUAAGGUUACAGAUUUCGAGUCUCAUGAUGUGAACAACUUGGGUAAAGGAGAUGGUGAACCAUGUAUGGCCGCUGGUUUCCUUAGUGAAUUUAUUGAAUGUAUGGAUUGGGCUCAUAUUGAUGUAUCCGGUGUUGGUAAGAACUCUGUAAAUGACUUGUACCCGUACUAUCCAUUACAUCGAAUGACUGGCAGACCAACAAGAACACUUAUACAAUUCUUAUAUCAAAUGGCAUGUCCACAAGAACGUGACCGUGAACUCAAAUGAGUGCAUUUCUCAUACCAUUCAUAGAAUCACCUGUAACGUUUUUUAAUACAUUUUGGAUGUUAAUUGAAAUUUUAA